AUGAAGGUUUUGCGCCUGAUAAGCGUCGUUUUGGGCUUGGCAAACGCACUUUACUCUGCGUCAGAUGAUGUCGUCGAAUUGACGCAGUCGAAUUUCGCUUCAAAAGUCACAAAAUCCGAUGAACUUUGGAUUGUGGAAUUUUACGCGCCCUGGUGUGGACAUUGCAAAUCCAUGGCUCCGGAAUACAAAAAAUUGGCAAAGGAACUCAAGGGAACUGUAAAUGUCGGAGCUGUGGACAUGACCCAGCACCAAUCUGUCGGCGCUCCAUUUGGAAUCAAGGGCUUCCCAACUAUCAAAAUCUUCGGUUACAACAAGCAGAAACCAAUCGAUUACAACGGGCAGCGAACAGCUGACGCCAUGGGAGACGAAGCUUUCAAGCAGCUCCGAAAGUUGACCAAGGACAAGGCUUCUGGCGGCAAAUCGAGCGGCGGAUCUUCUGGUUCUUCCGGCAAAUCUGGCAAAAGUGGAAAGGGAUCGACCAUCCUCACGGAAAGCAACUUCCGAUCGAAGGUGAUUGAGAGCGGCGACCCCUGGCUCGUUGAAUUCUACGCCCCCUGGUGCGGCCAUUGUCAGCGAUUGGAGCCCGAGUGGAAAUCAGCUGCAAAUACUGUCGCCGCCGAAACUGGUGGAAAGGUCAAACUCGGUCAUCUUGAUGCGACCCAGGCUCAGCAAAUCGCCGGACAAUACGGAAUCCAAGGCUACCCAACGAUCAAGAUCUUCUACCCCGAUGGUCGAGUCGAGGACUACAAUGGAGGCCGAACUGCUGAUGACAUCGUCGCUCAAGCUAUGAUCCUCUUCGAAGACGUCGCCGAUCCACCAGAGCUUUUCGAGCUUACUGGCAAGGAUGCCCUCGAUAAAGCCUGCACCGAUGCUCAGGUGUGCAUUGUUGCUUUCCUUCCCCACAUUUUGGACGACCAAGCUGCCGGCCGAAACGACCGACUGAAGCUGAUCCGAGAUAUGAUCGAGGUCUACAAGCGCAAAAAGUGGGGAUGGCUCUGGACCACAGUCGGAACUCAGCCCGAGCUUGAGAAGCAACUCGGUGUUUCCGACUUCCCAUCGCUCAUCGUCGUUAAUCCAAGAAAACACUUGGCCGUCAAGAUGCUCCAGGGAUUCAGCAAGAGCGGAAUGGAGGAGUUUUUCAGAAAUAUCGCUUAUGGAAAGACUGGAACUGCUGUUUCGAGCUUCGAAGAAUUCGUGCCGAUUUUAACUGUCGAAGCCUGGGACGGAAAGGAUGGACAACUUGAAGUUGACGAAGAUGACAUCGAUCUUGACGACUUCGACUGGGGAGACGACGAAGAAGACGGCGAAUACGACCAGUGGGGCCGCCGAAUCGAUGAACUGUAA